GUCCGGUGGACUCCUUCACUCGACAACUCUAGCAUCGUGCAAUGAAGCUUCGACAACUUGCUGCGUCGCUCACCAUGGGGGUCAUGGGCUUUGCGUCCUCGAGCUCCGAGGCGGCGACAUGCACUGCAUCGGCGCUUUCGAUCCUCCCGUCAACCUACAACCUUGAUGUAUGCGUGAGCAACAACCUGUACUCAGUACUUCUGGCACUCGCAGCUUCGUCCAGCACCUGCUCGCUCACGGAUCUUCUUGCGUUGGAGUCGGACACGCAGAUUCUGAAUCUCGUUUCACUAAUCGAAGAUAUCGUGGCAUCUCCGAGCAGCAUGUCGAGUCUCGUAUACGCGUACAUGGCCGACACGUCCUCGUCCGACAUGAACAACUUCUGUACAACACUCAACACGGUCAUUUCACCGUGUCUACUGAGCUUGUUGCCGACAUUGCUUCCAAUAUUUGAGUCCGACACGACGUGCUGUUCGGAAGUCAGCGAUUUGAUCGAUCUGGUGGACUUUUUUGUGCCACCUAAUGUGACCACCAACUCUUUCAUUCUUAACGAGCUUGUUAACGGAGUGAAUCAAUUCUUCUGUUCCAAUAUCGGUGACUCCACUUGUGGCUACAACAUGUUCUCUCAAUUGACCUCAACGUACACUUCUUCGAGCUUCACAUUGCUGGAAUCUGUGAUUAUGCCGUUCGUGACGAUUCCAUCGGGUGAAGAGUGUACCGCUAUGAAGGGUGAAUCGUACACCGACAUAGCUUCGCUAACGUCAGCGUCAACCAUCCACUACUCGUGCUGCAUCGACCAUAUGCGUCCACUUAUCCAGUCCAUCCAAGACGGCUUCGAGUACUUUUUCGACGACACUACAGUGAAUAUCCUAAACGGCAUGAUCGAGUUUUCAGCUAGUGGUGGUAAGUUCGUGGACUCUGUGCCAGGAACUGCGUCCUGUACCUGGACAGACACGUGCUCAGACCCGUCAUACCUCAUCGCACAGCAGACAGCAUCUCGAAUGCCUGGAACCAACGAUCCCGGUAAGAACGACAUCGAAGAUAUUAGCUGUACUAUGGUGGACAAGUGCAAUUCCGCUGGAACAGUGUGUAGCAGCGUCUGCGAGAAAGGAACGGCAUCCAUUUCGUCAUGGCUCAACCUAACGCUCUCGUAUCAACGCAAUCUGGCUUUCAGUGGAAAACUGUGUUAUACACAGAUCCCGUCAACGCACAAUAGUGCCAUCACUUUGGCCGACGGAUACGGCAACCGUGACCAGCUCUUCAACGCGAACUUGAACUCAGACAAGUCGUACUCGUACCUCAAAACGAACAACCAAGUUCUCAGUCUGACGGACCAAUUGGGUAUCGGUAUACGGUGGAUCGAAAUUGAUACACACUAUUUCCUAGACGAUUUCCACACAGGUCACUGCGGUAACCUCGGCUCAAACUCGAUUGAAACAUUCUUUGACGCAUUCGGUAGUCAAUUGUCCAAGUACGGCACGAUUCUGUGGGGUCCGGAGCUUCUAGGCUGCUUUCCCUCGAUCUCGGGUAUUAAGACUACCGAUGAAGUUACUACACGUAGUUCGAUGCAGGAGGUGAGGGAUUGGCUCGAAGCCAACCCAACAGAGUUCGUGGUGAUCUACAUGGAUACAGGCUCCGAUAUUUCUCGGUUAAACAAUCAGCUCUCAAGACUUUGGCGUCGGAUUCCUGGAGGCAGCAUCAACGAGUUUAUCGACGCUGGGUAUCGGGUGCUGCUUCUCGCGAACGAAGACACUGGACUCGCUUACAGUCUGUAUGAUUUCUGUGGCGGCCAUGAAGUCCUCACAACCGAGUACAUUGACACGUUACCGGACAGUUCUCGUAAGAUCGGUGGACUGGAGAUCUAUGGCAGUGAUUACUUUUUGCGAUCGUAUCAAGCUGAACUGCGCUACAUCUCCCUCUCCGACGAAGUAGUACUUACCGAGGAGUUUGAGACGUUCUUGAACUCUAGCAACAUUGGCAACUUCGUGCGAUGGAACAUGAACCUGGUGGCUACAGACAUGGUCGAUGGGGCAAAGAUGAGAGCUCAGGCGUGGUCCUGGGCGGAGAACGAACCCAGCGUCACCACGUCAGACGCAUAUGUACUUAUGAACACUAAUGGACGCUGGGUUGCAAGCACCUCAGCCACGAAGACGUAUAAAGCGUGCUGGAGCAGUUCAAGUCUGGCGUGGUCUAUUAUCGACUAUGCCGGAUCCUGUGGAAGUGGAUACACGUACAUGGCUCCGGCUGAUCCGUACCAGAACUAUCUGCUCAUGACGGCUAUCUCGACCAAAGGCAUCACCACCACAUCCGUCGUGAUUAACGCUACUCUGUCGUAA